UUUUUUUAAGAAUAUAUUUUAUGAUCUCAAUUUUAAUGAAAAAUGGAAAAACCUAGGCUAUGGACCGUAGUUUGCCAACUUUGUAGUUUGCAUUGGUUGCUUGGUGGUCAAGUCUAUAUGUGUAGCUUGGCCAUAUAUCUACGUUGAUUAUUUCAGAAUUAGAGAGCACUAUCAAGGGCCAAAAACGUUCCACGUGUCAAGCACCCAAGGUGUAUAGAACUUCAUGGUUAAGUUUCUGUUGUCUAUAAUACUCUCCUUGUGUGUAAAGAAGGCAUAGGAAAUUAAAAGUGAUAUCCCAAGGUGUAUAGUAGUUGUUACUUGUUACUAUCACUAAUCACAACCACUACUACCUUCACCACCACGCUCAACUUCAACAAGAGAUUCUUCAAUUUAUAUAUCUAUAUCUAUACAUAGUUAUAAUUAUUGGUCCUUUUACAGAUAGAUAAUAAAGGUCAUUAGAUAUAGACAGCAGAAGAUAAAAGAUCAUGCUCACUUCUUCUCAAUUUCCAAGGACUUUCCUUAUUCCAUUAAACAAAUCUUUAUUACAAAACGCGGUUUGUGCUAUAAGCAUCAGCACCAAUCUCAUACUGUUACUCUUGCUAUCCUUCAGAUUCAUCAUCCCUCUUCUAGCGCCUAGAUCAAAGGGCUGAUAGCUAUUCAUCAUCAUCAUCAAAAUCUUGCACCUUUUUUCUGCUUUAAUUAUAUAUCUUAUUGGAUUGUGUUAUUUUUUGUUAUGGGUUUGAGUUCCAAGCAGGUUUCAAGGAGUAGUAGUGGACUUGAUUGGAACCAAGCCUUAUUGGAAUCACAGAACUUGGAGCUUCCAAUUCCAAAGCCUCAUCAUAUCAUGAAGAAACAACAACAGAAUAAUCAAUCAUCGUCAUCAUCAUCAGAGCCAAUGAAGUGUCCAAGAUGUGAAUCUACCAACACAAAGUUCUGUUACUACAACAAUUACAACAAGUCUCAGCCUCGCUAUUUAUGUAGAACUUGCAAGAGGCACUGGACCAAAGGUGGAACUUUGCGCAAUGUUCCAGUUGGUGGUGGAAGAAAGAACAAAAGGGUAAAAAAGUCAACUGCCACUGCAACCGCCACAGCCACCGCCACCACCUCUACUUGCACCACAAGCAUCAGAAUUCAAGCUCCUUCUCUUGCAAUGGAUGAUCACAAAAACAUAGCUUCUCCUUCUCCUUCUUCCUCUUCUUCCCUCUAUCAAGGUCUGAUUCGUCCACCACCUUUCCUACUACAUCAGAAUCUGAUGAAUAAUAUUAUUACCAGAGGCAUAACAUCAGAAAGUAAAGGUUAUGGUAUUGGUAAUAAUAACAAUAAUACCAAUGGCAUCUUUCUUGGUUCAUCAGCUUUGUCUCUUCCUCAGAAUCAAGGCUUGCUUUUCCCCUUCUCAACUGCAUCAAGCUCUAAUUUUGACACAAACCCAUGUUUAGUUUCAGUUUCAACCUCUUUGCAAUCCACCAAUGUUUAUAAUAACUGUGGUGGUGAAGAGUUUAAAGCAAUAGAGGAACCAAGCAUGCACAGCAUAAUGGCUACCACUACUUCUACACAACCAUGGGAGAUACCAGCAGCAACAAUGGAAAUGUCAAACUAUUGGGGUUGGGAGGACAUUGAUUCUUUGGUCUCUACUGAUCCGAACAACAAUCAUCCUUGGGAUGAUUCUGAUAUCAAACCCUGAGAGACCAAAAAAGAAAAUAAAAUCAACUACAGAAGCAGCAACAUGACACAUGGCAGUGGUGUUCAUAGAUUAGUUAGUUUUGUUUUAUUUGAUUUAAUUGGGGGUGUUUUUUUUAUUUUUAAUUUUGUGUUUCCUUACAGAUUAGUGAGUGUUCUUGUUUUUCAGAUGGAGUGAUUAUUAUUGUUACAAAGAGCAGUAUUUUGGAGCUGUUAUGUUUUAGCUUCAGCUCCAGGCUUUCAAAAAUUGGAUCCCAAUUUAUUAGAUGUAACCCACUUUGAUUAUUUCGUCCUCUUUGUUCUUUA